GGGGAGGGCGGGAGGCGGGUGCCGCCUUCCCCCGCAAAACAAAAGGGAGCGGCGGCGGCGGCGGUGAGAGCGGCUGGGAAGGUCGGAGGGGAUCGUUCCCCGCUGCGCGGCACUGGCCGGUGAGCCGAGCUCCCCUCCGCGCUGCCGCCAUGUCCCGCCGCAGCCAGCGCCUUGUCACCAGCCGCUAUUAUCCCGGGGACGAUGAUGCCGCGACCAGCAGCAGCAGCACAUCUCUGCUGGGUGGGACACAGCUCCCCUUCAAGGAGACCACCGGCAGGACGAUCAGGAGAAAAUCGGGUAGCACUAAGCGCCUCUCUCCCGCCCCCAGCACCCAAACCUCCUACUAUAGCGAGUCCAUGAUGAGCGAGUCCUACCUGGGGGGCAGCCGGGGCCUUGCUGCCCUGGGUAGCUCCAUGCUGGAUGAUGACCUGGACAGCAGCACUUACUGGGGUGGAGAGCUCUCCACCAGGAGGAGAAGAGGCACAGGGGACACCGAGUCCAGUAAGAUCAAUGGGGUGCUGGAGAGCAAAACGUACGACACCUACACGUCUUCAUCCGGGUACUCCUCGGAGGACGACUACGCUGGUCACUAUUACUCAGGCCAGAGUAGCUCCGGGUCAGGUCUGAGAACUGCAGCCUCCCGGGUGGGCUCCUUCCUCUGGCAGGUGUUCACCUCCCCAGUUCGGUUCAUGGGGUGGCUGUUCUCAGGGCUGGCAGGGGCCUGGUGCCGCCUCACCGGCACAGCUUCCCACCUGGACAGUGUCCCCUUCUCCAGGCGCUACCCACGUCUGAAGAGGUCCCUGCUGCUGCUGCUGCUCCUCCUGCUCCUCGCUGCUGCUGCCUAUGGAGCUUGGUACUUCUAUCCAUACGGGCUGUCGACACUCAGCCUGCCUUCCUUCCCGUGGUGGGGAGCUGGAAAGCUUUCCUCCUCCUCUGACAUUCCUGGGGCAGGCGACCUGACCACAUUGGACCAGGGGGGACAUCGACUCCUGGCUCGCUUCCACUCCCUGGAGAAGCGCUUUGAGGCACUGGAGGCCGAGCUGUCGCGGUGGGAGCUGCGUCGUGGGGCGGCAGCAGUGACAACAGGGGGAGAGCCACCCCCGGGGGACAUCCUUGCACUGCUGGAGGGGCUGGUGAGCCGCCGGGACGCGGGGCUGAAGGAGCAUCUCCGCACCGACAUGGCCAACCAGCUCCAGGGCGAGCUGGAUGUGCUUCGAGCCCAGGUGCAGAGGGAUUUAGACGGGCGCCUGGACAAGAUGGCACAAGCUUCCCGGGAGAUGGAAGUGCGCUUGCUGGAGCUGAACUCAGAGUGGCAGAGCUCGGUGCAGGAGAGCCUGCAAAGGACCUUCCAGCAGGAGGUGGGCAAGCUGGAGCAGGAGGUGGCAGUGCUGAGGAGGGAGCUGGCAAGCCUCAAGUCAGACCAGGAGGUGAUGGGGAAGCACGUGAAGGGGAUACUGGAGCAGCUGAAGACAGUGCGGGCUGAUGUGGAAGCGCAGUUCCCAGUGUGGAUCAGUAGGUUCCUGUCACAGUCCCAGCAGGAUGGUGCUGCUGCCUUCAUCCUCCAGCGGGAAGACUUGCAAGCGGAGCUCCAGACUCUGGAGCACAAGAUCCUUGCAAAAGUCCUGGAGGACCGGAGACUGUCAGCACGGGAUGCUCAGGCUGGUAUUGGAGUGGCCCUGCGGCAAGGAGGGGCUGCAGGAGUGACAGAGGAGCAAGUGCAUCUCAUCGUGGACCAGGCCCUGAAGCGCUACAGCGAGGACCGUGUGGGGAUGGUUGACUAUGCCCUCGAGUCAGCAGGGGCCAGCGUCAUCAACACUCGCUGCUCAGAGACCUACGAGACGCGGACGGCGCUGCUGAGCAUGUUCGGCAUCCCCCUGUGGUACCAAUCGCAGUCCCCCCGUGUCAUCCUUCAGCCCGACGUCAACCCUGGGAACUGCUGGGCGUUUCGUGGCUCCCAGGGCUUUGCUGUCAUCCGCCUCUCUGGCAUUAUCCGCCCCACAGCCGUGACGCUGGAGCACAUCCCGAAAGCCCUCUCGCCGCAGGGGACCAUCCCCAGUGCCCCCAAGGACUUCGCUGUCUAUGGUUUAAAGGAAGAAGGAGAGGAGGAGGGCCUUCUCUUUGGACAGUUCACCUACAACUACGAUGGCGAUCCCAUCCAAACAUUUUAUUUGGAGGGUGACUCCAUGGGCACCUACCAGCUGGUGGAGCUCCGGGUGCUGAGCAACUGGGGCCACCCUGAAUACACCUGCAUCUACCGCUUCCGUGUGCACGGGGAGCCGGCACACUGACCCCGGCCCACGCGGGAUGAGGAUGCUGCCGGGCUGGCAGCAGGAGGGGAUGUGUCUGCUUCACUGCUUUGCACCUAGAAAUCCUGGCAAGUGCCAGCAGCUGCCCCUGGAAGCUGCUCCCCUGGAGGGAGGAGAAGAGCUGGUGUUGAAGGGGUGAGGCUUUCACUCUUCGAAGGACCGGGGUGGUGAGGCAAGAGCAUCCCACGUGGGUCCUAGCGCAGCCUGGCUUGUUUUCAGUGCAUAUGGGACAUUUUAACUUUUGAAGCUAACUUUGUAUUGGGUUUGCACUGCCCCUCUUCCCUGUUGUCCCACUCCUUUCUAGCAUGGCCAGGGCUGGGGACAGGGGUGUGUCAUUUUGUGAUGUGCUUCAUGUGGGCUUGGGUGCAGGAGAUCAGAGUGUGGGACCACAGUGCCUGACUCAGUGCUGCCAGAGUAGGUGGGAGCCACUGGUCGUGGCCACCAAGUCCCCUCCACACAGGGUCACUUUUCUUGCCUUGGUGUUGGUUUUGGUGAAUAUCUCCAGCCUCCAAUGCUGGGCUGGCAGAGAGGAAAUAGUAUUAAUGAAGUGUUAACUAAAAACUAAUGGUUUGGGCCAGCAGGAGGAGAGGCAUGUGGCACAUGUUGGUGGCAGAGCCCACCUUGGUGCUGCCACCCAUCCACUCAAGCCCUGCUGCUGACAGCAGCUGAGUUGGGUCUUACUGAUGCUGUUGGCCUCCCUGGCUGGCUGCCUCCCCAGUGUUAAGCUUGGUGAUGCUAUUGAAAAUUCCUGUUGCCUGCUUUUCAUUUGGGGUUUGUUCUGAUAUUUUUUUUGAAGAGGGGUGGGGAGGGGAGCUAUUUUCUAGUUGGGGUGUUGGGGUUGGUUUUUUUGGGGGGGGGGGAUUUGUAGUAACAAAGGGAAAAAAGACUUUUUCCAUGCAAUUUGUACUUAACCAGAGAAUGUUACAUGGUCCCACUUGGAUGAGUGGCUUAGAUGGGGAAAGGGCUAGAGCUUUGUUUAGUAGAAUAGCAUACACAGUAGGAUAAGCUAGAAGAUGAGCAGAGCCGUUUAAAAUACGGGCCUCACGUUGUUGGUGGCUUGGUAGCUAGACUUGGUGGUGGGGUGCUGGAGGCAUUCCUGCCCUCCUUGCUCUGGAUGUGCUCUGAGACUGCAAUGGUUGGCUGUGGCCUCUUGCCCAUGGCUGCAUCUGUGUAUACUUGACUGUUAGCAGCAAGUGGAGCUGCUGCCCCAGGGCUCUGCAGGGAGCCUGGGGGGAGACAGGGCAAUCACCAGGGCUUGCAGGUGCCAGUGUGCAGAGCCACCCUCCCCCUGCAGGGCUCCCUCAGCUCUCCUGUCCUCCAUGGCAGAUGGCUGUGCGGGCUGACCUCCUUUCUCUUGGAAGGGCUCCCUUUUCCUCCUACCUCUCCUUACUGGCAUUGCACUGUUCUCUGAGCCCUGGCUGUGGGAGGACUGGGCUGGAGCAGGAGGGGGAGUUCUGCCUGCAGUGGGCAUGUAAAUCUUGCUUGUACUGUUGGGAUGGGUGGAGGCACUGCAGGGGUUUGCAGGAAGGAUGCACAGGGACCUUCCCCAGGCUGAGGGGUGCUAGGGCCAUCUGGCCCCUCCACCUCCUGGCUGCCUGCAUCACACAGCUAGGCUUAUGUUCUUGGAUGAUGUUAACAGCCUCCAGGUUUGUGUUGUGUUUCACUGAAAGAAAAGCUUAAGGGCUUAUGGUCAGUGCUGGUACCAUCCUUCCCCUGACACUGAGAGCACCAUGUAUUGAUUCCCACUCUGGUGGUCUCUUCUUGAAGCACUGUAGGCAUAGAGGAGGAGGAGGACGAGGGGCUGAAGAAGUGUCUCCUUUCAGCAUCACCUGAUGGGCAUCAGGCAGAGCUGCUGAGCCUUGACUCCCUCCAUGCCAGCCUGGGAGAGUGAGGGUGAUGGCAGCACAUCAACAGGUUAAAAUUACCCUGUGGAGCCUCUUGCAGAGCUGGGAGGCCCUGCUGAAGGAAGAAAGCUGACCUGGAGCCAGAGCCAGGACUAUAAAUUCUCUCCUAUAUUGAGCGUAGUCUUAAUUCUUGGCAUCCACAGGCAAAGUUAUUUUAAACUUGUCUACAGCUGCCUGCUUGCCUUGGAGUCCUGUCCAUGAGUGCACUGAGCACAUGGAGCUUUGCUUUUAUGAAUGCCUAGACCUGUUCUGGGCUUGGCAGACCAGCUCCUGUAUUUAUUUGAAUGAUAAAGAGAAAGCAGAGAUGAAGCUCUCCCUUUUCUCACCUUUCUCUGGCUCCUGGAGCAAAAGCUGUAACCAUGAGCCUGGGAAAAGCCCUUUUCUUACAUUCCUUCUGGCUCCCUAGUCUCUGGCUUGGACUGUAAGAACAGACAAGGUCUUAGCCCAAGAAAAAAAUGAUUUUGUGGUAAAUCAGGCAUGCUGAUGAGAGGCAGGAAAGGUGACCUCUUCCCCUGAAAAUGGAGUUGUAGUGGGAUCUCUGCUCCUUCCACGUGGGUGUUAACUGCUGUGCCUGGGUUAGGGAGCAUUUGGCUUUACAGUGCAAGCUUGCCCUGUCCCUUGGACAUGAAAAUCUUUGCUGUUCGAAGUAAAACUCCUUGGAGCCACCAGUGAGAGCUCAUCCUGGGGCUUCAUGCUCUUUUUUAGCUGGUUUUAGAGGCCUCACCAGGCCAUCUGUGUGAGGAUCCCCAGGAACAUAUGCUGAGGCUACAUGUGGGAUUUCAGCCCCCAAAUUCAGCAUCGGUGCUGGGCUGCAGCCUGAGCCCCUGUGCCAAGUGCCAGAAGCCGCUGGCUCUUGAAAUUGUAGCUUGCAGCAUUUAUGCAGCACUUCCCAGAGCUGCCAAAGAAGAGAGCACAGAAAACUGCUGCUUCAGCAUGUGCUUCUCUGCCCAGGGGUAUUUAAUCCUAGAGCUGAUGCUGAAGAUGAGCCUGGUGAGGCAGGAGAAAUGCAGAACAGCUGUGGGAGCAGAUUUCUCUUAUUUACUCCAUUUCCCUCCUCUAUUCUCCCUCCUUCUCAGUUUGCCCUACACACGUGUUAUGAACUAGCCCUGCAGAAACAGAUGGUUACAGACAGGAGUUUGUGUUUGAUGCUGUAGCCUAUUGCAAAUGCUGCACUGUUUUGUUCCUUUUAUUUUUUAAUCAAGAGAUUGUAAUUUAUGCCUAUGCAAGAAAAAAAAAAAAAAGACCAUGACAUAAAUUAUAUCAAAACUGC